AUGCCAAAGCUUCAAAAUGAAUUAACUAUUUUGCAGCAGGGUAAUUUUGAAAUGAUUAUUGUUGACAAUGCUGCAAAUUAUAAAGAAAUUAAGAUUCCAAAUAUCAAGCGUAAGCAUGGUCAUCCUUCUAAUAGCAAGCAUAUUUGCAGUACUUUUAAAAAUAUUGUUAAAAAACCUAAAGUUAAGAAAUUGAAUAAUAAUGAUGCUACAAUGCCUAUAAAGCUUGACUCAUGUAUUCAUCAAAGUAUAGUAUCAGAGAUAUACAAUCCACUUGGAGAUAGUUAUUGCAGUUUUCGAUUGUUAGCUGUAGCUAUAUUUCAAGAAGAGAAAAAAUGGCAAAAUAUUAAAAACACUAUGAUAUCUCAACUAACUAAAAAUCAAUCUUUAUACAGCAACACACUUUGA